AUGGCUGCAUCCAAGCCCCUCGCGGGUAGAAACCUGUCCGAUUAUAACAAGACCCUUAAUUCCUCCUCCGCUCUUAUUCUACCAGAUAUCCGUGACCGCGAGGUCGCCGUUAUGAACCGCGAGAUGGAGGCGGAAGAGCAGCUGCGUGAGAUUGAGCGGCGCGAAGGUGUGGUGGAGGGUAGAGAGAGUGCUGUGGAGAGGAGGGAGAGGGAGGUAGAGGAGAGGGAGAGGUUGCUUGAGCGGAGGGAGGCUAAGAUGGCGAAGAAGAGGAAGGAUGGUAGGGUUUUGGAUACAAGGGGUAAGAGGAUGGAGGAAGGGAUGGGGAGACGCUGA